AAAAAAUACUUUAAACACAAUAACAAUAAGUUAUUAAAAUUUAAAUGUAAUACAAUAAUAGUAUGCAAUUGUGUGUCUCAAUGACAAACACUUUUAAUAUUAUUGUGUUUAUGUGAAUAUUGAGAUUCAAUAUUUUUCAGCAAUUAAUUUGUUUCAAUAAAAUUUUUAAAAUCUUAUACUUUCACGAUUUUUGUUGUAAUAUUUAAUUACAAAUAAAUUUACACAUCAUAGUCCAGAUAUUUUCUUGAAAGUCAUUUCCAUAUUUUUGUGUAAUACUUGAUCGUUAAGUGAAAGCAAGACAUGGAAUCUCAAAAAGUUUGGGUCAAUGAUGUAAAUGAGGGAUACGUUUUGGGAAACAUUGUCGACAUCGGACCCAAUGGUCCCACAGUUCAGACAUCUAAUAAUAAACAAAUUCAAGCCACAUAUGAUGGCGUAUUUCCCGCAGAAGAAGACGACAACAAAGAAGUCGAAGACAACUGUGCCCUUAUGUUUCUCAAUGAGGCAACACUUCUCAACAAUAUUCGCUUGAGAUAUAAAAAGGAUAAAAUAUAUACAUAUGUGGCUAAUAUCUUAAUAGCUGUAAAUCCAUACUUUGAAGUAAAGGAUUUAUAUUCAAGCAAUACAUUGAAGUCAUAUCAGGGAAAAUCAUUGGGAACUAUGUCUCCACACGUAUUUGCUAUCGCUGAUAAGGCAUUUCGUGAUAUGAGAGCCACAAAACAAAGUCAAUCUAUUGUUGUUAGCGGUGAGAGUGGCGCCGGAAAGACAGAGUCCACCAAAUAUGUGCUCCGAUACCUAUGCGAGUCGUGGGGGUCACAGUCCGGUCAGAUUGAACAACUCAUACUCGACGCAAAUCCCGUUUUGGAGGCCUUCGGUAACGCAAAGACAAUGAGAAACAAUAAUAGUUCGCGAUUUGGAAAAUUCAUUGAAAUUCAUUUCAACGCUAAACACACAGUAGUUGGUGGAUAUAUUUCGCAUUAUUUGUUGGAAAAAUCACGAAUAUGUGGUCAAAGUGUUUCUGAAAGGAAUUACCAUAUUUUCUACCAGCUUUGUGCUGGACUACCGGCGCCAGCAUUUGCUAAAUUAAAGUUGUCUUCACCCGACAAAUUUCAUUAUCUCAAUAGAGGUUGCACUCAAUUCUUUAGUGGCAAACAAUCGGACGGUCAGCUAAAUGCCGACCGAAAGUCAGCUCAACACCAAAACUAUGGUCCACUUAAGGACCCAAUUGUUGACGAUAUCAAAGACUUUAAAGCAAUGGAUAGUGCACUCAAUCAUUUCGGUGUCAGUGAUGUCCAACGUAUGGCUAUUUACCAAACAGUUGCCGCUGUCUUACAUCUGGGAAACAUUGUUUUCGAGGAAAGCAAUGAUGACUCUAAAGAUUCAAAUGCAUCCAAAUCUGGUGGUUGUCGAGUGGCUGCUCAGUCGCGGCCUUCAUUGGAAACGGUGGCCGAACUUAUUGGUGUGGAUUGCGAUCAAUUACAACAAAGUUUAUUGUCUCGAGUCAUGCAAACACCGGGAGGCGGUUCUAAAGGCACAAUAUAUAUGGUGCCAUUGAAAGUAUAUGAGGCCCAGAAUGCUAGGGAUGCGUUGGCCAAAGCUAUAUACUCCAAGAUAUUUGAUUUUAUUGUUAAAACCAUCAAUAAAUCGAUACCAUUUUCGACGUCUGCCCAUUAUAUCGGUGUCCUCGAUAUCGCCGGUUUUGAAUAUUUCGAGAACAAUAGUUUUGAACAAUUUUGUAUUAAUUACUGCAAUGAAAAAUUGCAGCAGUUUUUCAAUGAAAGAAUAUUAAAAGAGGAACAAACUCUUUAUGAAAGGGAAGGUUUGGGACUCAAGAAAAUUGAAUUUAUUGAUAAUCAGGAUUGUAUUGAUUUAUUGGAGGGCAAGAGCUCCGGUAUAUUUGACUUAUUAGAUGAAGAAUCAAAACUACCGAAGCCAUCAACCGUACACUUUACAGAAACGGUACAUAAAACUAAUGGAACUCAUUUCCGAUUAGCUGUUCCCAGAAAGUCAAAACUCAGGAGUCAUCGAGAGAUUCGCGACGACGAAGGUUUCCUUAUUAGACACUUUGCUGGUGCUGUAUGUUAUGAGACACAAGCAUUCAUAGACAAGAACAACGAUGCACUUCACGCUUCUCUCGAAGCACUGAUGGUUGAGGCCAACAAUCCUCUGCUAAAACAACUGUUUACUGUCGACGACAAAAACAGCAAAAAUGCAAACAAUAACUUUAGUCUUAUAAAUAAUAACUUCAGCUCUAAGACUAAAACGGCUAACAAAUUGGCGUUUGUGUCAGUCGGCGGCAAAUUUCGAUCGCAAUUAUUGGAACUGAUGUCCAAACUGAGAUCAACGGGAACUCAUUUUAUACGAUGUAUUAAACCAAAUCCAAAUAUGGUGGCCCAUCAAUUUGAAGGGACACAAAUAAUGUCACAAUUGCGGUGCUCGGGUAUGACAUCAGUCUUGGAACUCAUGCAAAUGGGUUACCCCUCGCGGGCAGCUUUUGCUGAUCUCUACGCUAUGUACUCCAAGUUUUUGCCGCCCGAAUUGGCCCGACUUGAUCCGAGACUUUUUUGUCGGGCUCUGUUUAAGGCACUCGGAUUAAAUGAAACGGAUUUCCGUUUUGGUGCGACUAAAAUAUUUUUCCGUCCCGGAAAGUUUGCAGAGUUUGACCAAAUCAUGAAAAGCGAUUCCGACCAUUUGGCACAACUCAUCGAAAAAGUCCAGAAAUGGCUUCUUCAGUCACGAUGGAAAAAGACUCAGUGGUGUUGUCUAUCAGUUAUCAAAUUAAAAAACAAAAUUCAAUAUCGAAGGCAACAAAUUAUAAUAAUUCAAAAAAAUAUUCGUAUGAUGAAUGCACUGAAUAAAUAUAGACCCAGAUACAAAGGACUCAUAAAAGUUAAACAAUUAAAAAGUCAUUUAUUGCAAAUCCAUGAGUUGUCUAAACAUUUGACAUCAAAUUCAGACAAAGAGAUGUUCGAUAAGUUGUUGAAAAAAGUGGACUCAGAUAUGAGUCAAUUGAUGAAUAAAUUGAGAAACGAUAAUAAAAUUAAUUCAAAAGAAAUUGAUCGAGAAAUCCAACAAAUGAAUGAAUCAAUUAAUGGGAAUAUAUCUCAAUUGAAAGGAAAGUUAGCCGAACAGGAAAGGCUAUUAAAGAUACAAAAACAGAUGGAAAUUGAAAGAAAACAAAGAGAAGAGGAAGAAAGGAAAGUCAAUGAAUUGGAAGAAAAUAAGAGAAAAAAGGCUGAAAUGGAAGAGAAAGCACGUCUUGAAGCUAUUGCUGUCGCGGAGAGAGAGGCCAAAGCAGCUAAAGAAGAACUGGAGAAACAAAUUAAGAAUCAAAGUCUUUUAGAGACAGAAUUGAAACGCAUUGAACAGGAAAAACGUGAUUAUGAAUUAGCUGCUCGAUUGGCUCAAGACUCUGAAUCAACUAUAAGUGAUGAUUGGCAGUCAUCACCGACAAUGCUUCCCAGAUCUGCAGCCGUUAUAGAACAAAGACAAUCGGCGGCCAACAAGAAAUAUAAAUUAGAGAAAUGGAAAUAUUCAGACCUGAGAGACACAAUCAACACUUCGUGUGAUAUCGAGCUUCUGGAGGCCUGUCGUGAAGAGUUUCAUCGACGGCUUAAAGUAUAUCACUCGUGGAAAUCGCGCGCCAAUAGAAAUAAGACAACAAAUGGUGAACAACAACAAAGAGCACCCAAUAGUAUACUCGACCACAACUCUAAUAUUAGUAUCAAAGGGAUUAAUGACGGUUCCCAACGGUAUUUUCGGCUACCGUUUAACAAACCAAAUACACCUAACGGUCAUAAGGGCUGGUGGUUCGCACACUUUGAUGGCCAAUGGAUUGCUCGCCAAAUGGAGAUUCAUCCCGAAAAGCAGCCCAUCUUAUUGAUAGCCGGACGGGACGACAUGCAAAUGUGUGAACUAAGCUUAGAGGAGACCCGACUGACCAGCAAAAGAGGGGCACAAAUACUAGAGCAAGAGUUUGAAAAUGAAUGGAUCAGAAAUGGUGGCAAACCAUACGUGAGGGGUCAAAAUGAUCACAAUUUAAUCCAAUUAUAAAUGCAUGCAUUCAUUCAUUUUGUACUAAUUAAAUGUUGACUAAAAAACACUUAACAAACAAUCAAGUCUUUUAGUUUUUAUUUUAAAGAAUAUUUUAAUAUUAGAUAAGAAAA